AUGGAGGUCACAGCUGUCUGCCUCACACUCGUGAUGAAUGUGUUGAUGCUGCUGCUUGCACAAGUUCACCGUGGUUACUUUGCUCAGAACAGCAAUCCAGCUUUGCUUCGUGUUUUUCCAGACCGACUGCAGCACUUUGAAUACGAAGAAGUCUCGUUCAGUUGUGAGGAGCUUGAUGGUUCUUCUGGAUGGAGAGUUAUGAGGAUGACUAACAGAAUAGUUAAGCUGUGUGCACCUGACUGGGAGACGUCAAAUGAGGCCUCCUGCAGCAUUGAAACUGCCUAUCCGGUAGUAGACAGUGGAAAAUACUGGUGUGAGAAUGAAAAGGGACAGAGAAGCAACGCUGUCAGCAUCACAGUCACUGCUGGCUCAGUGAUCCUGGAGAGUCCUGUCCUCCCUGUGAUGGAGGGAAGUGAUGUCACUCUGCGCUGUAAAACCAAGACGACUCCCUCCAGCCUCACAGCUGAUUUCUAUAAAGAUGGCUUCCUCAUCAGGAACAGCUCAACAGGAGAGAUGACCAUCCACAGUAUCUCCAAGUCUGAUGAAGGUUUCUACAAGUGCAGCAUCUCAGACUCUGGAGAAUCACCAGAGAGCUGGCUGGAUGUUGGAGAUGCAGCUUUUCUUAGUGUCAAUCCAAACCGACUGCAGCUUUUCGAAUACGAACCUGCCUCUUUUAAUUGUGUGGGGCUCGGUGGCUCCUCUGGAUGGAGAGUGAUAAGGGAGAUCAACAAAACAAUAAAGAAAUGUGCCCCUGAAGGGGAGCUGUCAUCUGGAGCCUCCUGCACCGUGGAGAAUGCCUACACAGCAGCAGACAGUGGGAAAUACUGGUGUGAGAACGAGAAGGGAACGAGGAGCUUCACUGUCAACAUCACUGUCACUGGUGGCUCUGUGAUCCUGGAGAGUCCUGUCCUCCCUGUGAUGGAGGGAAGUGAUGUCACUCUGCGCUGCAAAACCAAGAUGACUCCCUCCAAUCUCACAGCUGAUUUCUAUAAAGAUGGCUUCCACUUUGGGAACGGUUCCACAGGAGAGACGACCAUCCACAGUGUCUCCAAGUCUGAUGAAGGUUUCUACAAGUGCAGCAUCUCUGAAACUGAGGAGUCACCAGAGAGCUGGCUGGCUGUCAGAGGUCGAUAUCAGAACGUUUCUGCACAGUGGAACUUCGCAAGCAGCGUGCCAGCACUUCAUGAAGACACUGACAGCUCUGUUCAUGUCUUCGUGAUAAGGACUGCAGCCACCUGUUUAUUGAUGGCUGUGCUGCUGGUGAUCGGGCUGCUUCACUGUGGGAAAUGCAGAGCAAGAUCUCACACGUCAGGACAAGCGGCACUAUGAGAAAGACCAAACAGUACAGAGACUGAUGAACCUCCUGCAGAGGAGCUGCACAAAUGAGAUGAACUUCAACAAUCAGCCUGAUCUGUUCUGCUGUUUCCUCUUCAGCCGAGGAAAAGACCAGCUGCCACCCACAUGAAAAGAUAUUUAGUUUAGGGUUAAGUAUCAAAUUGUUUAGUUGUCAUUCACUGCCAGCACUGAUAAACACAUUAAAAGCUUAAAAAAGUUAAAACUUAACAAUAAUUACGCAUACUUUUGUAAAAAUUUUGUACUGAAUUAUAUUAUACUGAAA